AUGCCUCUUUCGCAGCAGGAUGAGAGGAGUACCAGUAGGGUACGGGAGGAUUUGAUCUCAUCGGAACAUGGUGCCGAAAAUUGCAAGGAGCGCCUGACAAGUGGGCGUGGCAGCAUAAGCUCGAUAGGAAGUAGCAAGGCUGCUGGACAGCAUGAAGAUUCUGAUCUGGAUGAAUUAUUUUCUCCGCUACAUAAUCAAUUUUCUUCAUUUAGUGAAUGUGAUGACGAGAACGACGAGGAUUUUGAGUUCCUGAAUACCUCUUAUCCCAAACGGUUCAACCGUCAAGUCUAUUGGGAUGAUGAAACGCUGAUGGGCGACUCUCGCAAGACUUCCAAUAAUAAUGGCGGCUCUGCGGAGAGUCAGCUUUACACGGUGUCUGAGUCUACCUGGGAGCCUAUAUUUAACGUUGAUGAUAUGGUUGUAAGUGAAAACAAGGAUUUUUGGAAGAAUAUUGAAACAACAUCUACAACAGAGGAACAGCUGCUGCCUUUUUCUAACGAUGCAUGGCCGUGGAACCAACAAUCGGUUCUCAAUACAACCAGCACACCUUCUAUCCACACUGUUGCUGAUUCUCUGGAAGACUUUAUAAACAGCAGUAUAGUAGGAGACUCUAACGUACCAUUAUCAAGUGAUUCAUUCCAAUACAAGAUCAAAAAACUGUCUUUUAGAGACUCCGAAGGCAAACUUUCGCUGGAUGCAUCAAACGGUAGUCAGCGCAACUGUUUGAAUAGACGACGGAUAGAGAAAAAGGCUAUUCGUCGGAAAUCGGCGGUUCGUGAAAUGUUCUGCCCUGGUGUUGGGAUCGGAGAAUUUAUGCUGUUAUAA